AUGCUCGGAUAUUUCAAUCGUACUCAUUCCCUGGAAGACGGCACGUGGUCCCUGUUCAGAAUGCUUCUUCAUUUUGAAGUCGUUCUAAUUAUCAUUAACAUAAUCUCGAUUGCAUUCUGGUUUUCUGUCAUAAUGUCGGCCAAGAAUACGCAUCCAAAUGUACGAAUCCUCAAUGCAUUUUAUUAUGGACAAUACAUGAUACAGCUCAGCUUUUGGAUAGUACAGCCAGUGCUUAUUUGCUCAGAACAGUUGAAUGACGCUGACAAAUUCUCAAAUCAACUCUUCACACUUUCAUUCACCGCUCUGCCUGCGCUGGUAAUUGAACGAAGUGUAGCCACAUUUUUAUUGGAAAACUACGAAAAAAACCCAAAUGUGUGCAUUGGAUUUUUGACGGUACUUAUCCAGAUGUUACCGCAGCCGCCAAGUACAGUAGUGCAUACUGUAAGCGCAAUCAUUGCAAACUCAUUAGCAGUCUGCUUGAACAAAAUCAAUCAGAAAAUAAAUGAGAAAUAUUUUUAUGAGUCGGAUCGAGUCACUUAUUCACUGUCAGAAAGAUUUCAAAUUACGGAAAAUAUUAAAGCAGCGAAGAUGUUCGACAAAAUAGUGUGGUCCAUUGGCUUUUUCAAUAUAAUUGUGAAUUCUUGUCUUAUACUGGACAACUACGAUAUCCCAACAACGUUUAAAAAUUUAGCAUCAGUGUCUUGUGAUUUUUCAAUUUUACUGUAUGGAUUAAUUGUACCGGUAGUAUAUUACAAUCAGACGGAUUCAUGGAAAAAAAGGGUGGCAGUUAUGUUGAAAGGCUGCUUCAAACCACGGGUCUCCCCUCUAAAAAGCACAUUUGGGCAGGACAUGGCACCUCAUGGAGCCAAAGAAGAAACUACAAAAUAUUUCGAAAUGUUAACUGAUCAGUGGAAAUAG